GUAGCAGGCCAUUCCAGAACAGCCAUGGCGUAUCCUUUGGCUUUUAGGUGCACUCCACUUGCACUCUAGUGCUCAAGGCGACUCGCUUGGUCACUUAUCCUCGGCAAAAUCGCCUGAUAAGAGCUUCCUGUUCUUAGGCUCUCUCGCACGCUUUUGCAGUCGCGUGGACUUCGUGCGAUGGCGUCGUCCAUGUCGGUCGCCGACGUCGCAGCCUUCGCAGCGUCGUCGCUCGUCGAGUUCGCAGAAGUCAUCGUCAUCGCCGUCGCCACGUCCGUCCCCGUCGCCGGCCUCUGUAUAGGCGUCCCCGUUGUCCGCAUUAUCACCGCAUGCCUGCGCGGGCAGCGUACGCGUUUUAAUUACAUCCGGUGGUGGCUAACGUGCGCCGUGUCGCUCCUGCUGCUCGUUAAUCUCCUCUUCCUAGCGGUCGGCAUCGGCGCGCUUUGGCUGCAGAUGCCGCCUGAUCCGGCCGCCAUGUCCAAGGGGACGUGCCGCGUCGUUUCCGCAGGCGUGGAUUUGCGAUCCGUUAAGCUGUGCACCGUUAACGACACCUCCUCCUCGUCCUCGUCGUCGUCGUCGUCGCCCACCUGGUUACCCUCUUCGCCACCCACCUGGCAAGCCCCUUCGCAGGCCUCGCCGCACCCCUCCUCCCGUCCGUUCGCCACUCAAUCCUCGUCCUCUCCUUACGCCUCCCCUUCUCCUCCUUCCUCCCCCAACCACCCCUCUUCCGCGCACGUCUCCUCAUCCUCCUGUCACUCCGCGCCUCCUUCUUCCCCCUCAACCGCCUCUCCUCCUUCGCCUGUUCCUCUCCCCAUUCCCCUCCUGUCUCCCCCCCUCCCCCCAACUCCCCCUCCUCCCCCCCCUCGUCGCCCCCUUCCCUCUCUUCCUCCCUUCUCUCUCUCCUCCCCCACCCUCUCCUCUCCGUGCUCCCCUCUCCCCCUCCGCCACGCGCUGCCACUUCACCUACUAUUGGGCGGCUUUAAUCCAGCUGGACCUCAACGUCUCCUUCCACUCGCCGUCCAACACGUGGCGGUCGAUGCGUCAGCAGAAGCGGCUGAAAAGUCAACGGAAUCAAACGGAGUCUGUCAAGGCCGGGAAGCAGGACAGUGCUGCGUCAGCGGUCAGGGGGCGAGCAGAAGGCGCACUGGGGCCAAGAGAGCAUAACCACCAUCCGCACCACCACCACGCUCCCCGACCCACUGUCGCUCUCGCUGCCUGACUCCAAAUGCCGCCCGGAUUUCAACGCCGCGUGGCGCGCGAAGGACAAGUACAAGGUGGCCUCCCUGCACAAGUGCCUCUACGACCCCCGCCACCCGCACAGGGUGCACCUGCCCCCGCCCCGCUCCAUGGCGCCAGUGUCCGCCCCCUGCGCGCCAGGGGAUCUUCAUUCACCUGGCUGCAGGCGCCAUAAACAAAUGGUUCUUUUCAGACGAGUCCAUAUUCCAGCCCUCAUCGUCGGUGGGCAAGCUCUACCUGGGUCUCAGCCUUGGAGUUCUCCUGGGGGUGGCGUGCUGUGUCGGCACACACGUCUUUGGCCGGCAUCGUCGUUGCACUCGACUGCUUCCAGCCCCCUGCUCCUCCUCUUCGUCUCCGCUAUUGAGGUGAGUCGUGGCCUGCGCAUCACUCUCAUCGGCAGGUGCCACACACUCGCAGCAGGCAGCGAUGGAAGGGAGCAGGCUGGGCGAGCUUCUCAAAUCCCCAGAGCGAGCUCCAGCAGAGGGAGCAACAGUGGCAGUGGGGACGGCAGCGGUGGCGGCAGCAGCGGUGGUAGCAGUGUGCUAUACCCACAGGAGCCCUCCCCUGGGUCACUUGAAACAAUCCGAGGAUUCUGCCGCCCUUCCUUGGUGGACGGCCCGAUUUUCUCCAAGAGGCACUCUCACCGCUCCCAAGAGCUCCCCCGCGCGGCAACCUCAGAGCUCCCCAAAACUGGCUUUUCCCCUGAGGAGCUUGACGAUCUCCCAGAGAGCAUCCUCGGCUGCUUCUGCCCGUCUCUUGUCGACAGCCCAUUCCUGGCCAAGAAACACCUGAACCGCUCACCUGAGCGGUCACCUGAGAGGUUUCCUGGGCGGUUACCCAGCCUUCGGCGCUCGUCCAGCUUAAGCCACAGCCUGAGCCAUUUUCUGGCACCAAGGGCAGAUGUGGAGCCGCUUUCGCUGGGCCAGCAGGCGGAGCAGGCACCUUGGCAGCAGCCACAGUCACAACUGUUUAGGUCACAAGAGCAGGAGCAGGAGGUGAGUCCGGAUGCAUGGCAGUCAUGCUCUGUGGCGUCGCGGCGUCCAGCAGUGGCAGAAGCUCCUGCAGGAGCACAGCUGGGUGAUGUGGGUGGUGUGGUAGCUGCUCUGUCACACAAGAUUCUGUGGCCGCUGUUCAAGAGGCAGAGCAACCACCAGGAGUUCCGCCACUGUCACUCUUGUCGGCAGCGCCCUUGCCACCAACCCAGCAACUGCUACCAGCAGCAGCAGCGCCAUCAGCUUCAUCAGCAGAAGCAUCAUCGUCACCACAUCACCAUCACCAUCACCAUUACCAUCAUCAUCAGGAGUGGUUACAGGACUAUUAACGCCAUUGUCGGCAGAAUUUUCUGGAUCCGAUGCGUCAUCAUUACGGUCUGUUGCCAGCUCCGGACGCAACAACGCUCCAAGGUUGUUUUCUCCGCGUACCAGGCGUAUCCCUCACCCACUUCCUACUCCAGGCCGUGCUCAAGCGUUGUGUUACAUGCGAUAACAUGCGCGGUUAUUGGGCUCUUGGGCAUUCUUCACGAUACAGGACUAGUGCCGUUUCUAGAUCCCUCGGGCUCACCUGUGUUUUUGCAAGGGAUCAAUUCCUUGCUUCAACAUGGGGGUUUGCCUUAUGCUCUGCGGCCACUUUCGACGGUUCCUCAGGUGUUGCCUCUUCUUCGGUUUACCGAGUCCAACCACAUGGAUAGGGUCUACAGUCAUGAAAUGUUAAAGAAAAUUGCAUGGCGGGCAUAGGACUUCCAUUAUGCUUGUAUAUUAUGGCAAUGUAGCUUCCUAAGAGCGAUUGACUUGAUUUGCUAAGAUGUUACUAUGCAUUAUAAGU